AUGCCAGACCAAAGAAACAAAACCAUAUUCAUUAUUGGUGGUGGAGCGUUUGGGUUAUCGACCGCCCUUUACCUGGCAGAGGCGGGCUAUCAAGAUGUGACCGUCCUUGAACGGGAUCUCCAGAUUCCGCCUCGAUAUUCAGCAGCCAACGACCUGAACAAGAUUGUGCGAGCCGAGUACGAAGAUUCAUUUUAUACUGAAUUGACGCUGAAAGCCAUUGAUGCGUGGAAGACGCCACUCUUUGCGCCGCAUUUCCACCAAACCGGAUUCUUGCACUGUGUAUCCCCCGCGGCUUCCACCAAGGCAGUACAGACUCUAGAGCGAUUCAGACAAGCUGCUAUGAGUAGCGAGCACUUACGGCCCCAUGUCGUCCCGAUUGAAAAUGGAGAGUGUGCGAGAGCUGCGGUAGCGAGCCUGCGGGACUGCCUCAUGCCUGGAUGGAGGGGCUACUUCAACCGCUACGACGGAUAUGCCCACUCGGCCGACGCUCUUGCGUGCGUGUACAAGAAGAUAAGAGAGUUGGGCGUCAAGGUACUGCUUGGCCCUGACGGCCAUGUUGAAGAAAUAGUCUAUCGCACAGUGAAGGGCACGCGAGUCGCUACUGGGGUGCGUACCGCCAGCACCGAGCACCUUCCCGCAGAACUUGUCAUUGUGGCCGCUGGAGCGUACGCUUCUACCUUGGUCCCAAGAAUUGGUCGCCAAAUUGUAGCCAAGUCCUGGUCCAUUGCCCAUGUUCAGCUCACAGAGACCGAAGCCGCCGCUUUGGCAGGCAUUCCCGUCACCUAUGCGAGAGACUUCGGCUUUCUCUUUGAGCCUGACCGAAAGACAAAGCUGUUGAAGCUUUGCCCCAUGGGCGGCGGCUACAUUAACACAAAUCCAACCACGGGUGUAUCCGUGCCGCCUACGAAUCUCGGCUGCAGCAAUUUUAUGCCUCCCGAGGAUGAGCGCAAGGUGCGGCAGCUACUGGCAGACGUGUUUCCAGCUCUUGCCAAUCGACCAUUGGUGAAGAAGCAGCUCUGCUGGUUUGCGGACAGUAGUGAUUCCGAUUUUGUCAUUGAUUACGUGCCGGACACGUCGUCUUCGGUCAUGAUUCUGUCAGGAGACUCUGGGCAUGGGUUCAAGAUGUUUCCCAUUUUUGGAUCUUGGGUACUCGACCUUUUGGAAUCAGACUCGCAGACGCAAACCAUCGGACGCUGGAAGUGGAAGUCAGAGAGCGGUGGCGCUGGUGGAAAGGAUGACAUUAGCUGGCGGGUAGGUGAUGUGAGGGAAUUUGAAGAAGUCGCACCGAUUAAAGAAAGACUAUAG